UUAACUUUAAAAUUUACACAAAAAAACUAUCUAAAAACGACUGCCAACAAUGGAUAAUUGUAUAGUUUGUUGUAAAUCAAAUGAAGAUAUAUUUUCACGGAUCAAAACCGUAUCAAGUGAAUGGAAGGAGUGGAACAUACAGCGUAUUAUAGAGAAACAUUUGUGGUGGUGGUAUUUGAGGCCACCCUCAAAUAAUGGAGCAGAACAGUGGAUAUGCCGUCAGUGUUGGCAGGAAUUGUCAUCAUUUCACAACUUUUAUAUUAAUGUUGAAAAAGAACAGAAGCUGUAUGAUAAACUCAGUAUAUCAGUAAUAAAAACUGAUAAUGACGAGGUGGCAGCUGUAGAUAUAAAAGUGGAAGAGCAGAAUUUUGUCAACGACUCAAUGCUCACAGAAAAUCUAAUGCAUUUAGAGAAACCUAAAAGAGGACGAAAAAAGAAAACGAUGGACAAAGCUGAAAACAUACAAAUCGAGGAGUUGGAUGUGGUCCAGGUGAAGAGUGAAAAUGAAAUGACGGACACUUUUGAGCAUCCAAAGCCAGACAUUGAUAUAAAUAUGUUAGUAGCCGAUGAAGUAGCUUCGAUAGAUUGGGAACACUGCUUCUUAAAUGAGAGUCCUGAGGACACAGAGGAGGAAAAGGAACUCGUCGAACUGGAAGACGAUAAACUAAAUGUAUUUUUGAAUAAAAGAGCUACACGCAAACGUCAACCCAAAUCGAAUGCUGUUACCAAAUAUAGAAAAAAGUACACGAAAACUAUCAAGGAAAAGAAAGCUAAAGUAGUAAAGACUUUAGCGAAUUCAAAUGUCGCACAGGCUAUGAGGAAGAAUGACGAAUUCAUAGCAGAUAACCAUUUCGAACUGUCUUGUAGUAUAUGCAGUGCAUCACUGUGUAACUUUUACAAGCUUAAAAAUCACUUUCGUAAGGAACAUGACGUUUUGGGUUAUGCCAUGUGUUGUAAUAAAAAGUUCUACAAACGUGGCGUCUUGGUAGAUCAUAUCAAUGUACACAAAGAUCCCAAUUACUUUAAAUGCCUGCGAUGCGACAAGGCUCUGUCCACUCGUCGCAGCUAUGAAAAACACAUGGAAACCCAUCAGUUGUAUGAAACUCCACAAAAUGCCUAUAUAUGCGAUAAGUGUGACAAAUCAUUUUUGAAAAAAGCUGUUUUUGAUCGUCAUUUAUUGACGCAUGUUCCUGAGGGCGAGAGAAACUUCCAGUGUAGCAUUUGUGAUAAGAAAUUUGCCUCGGAAUAUCUGCGCAAACAACAUGCCUCAUUAACACACACUAAGAAAUAUGCAAAAAUUUGUGAUAUUUGCGGUAAAUUAUUGCGCGAUAGUUUCUCGUUCAUCCGGCAUAUGGGAGAGCACAAUGGAGAGCCACCAGCUAAAGUUAAAUGUGAUAUAUGUGGCGCAGAAUUGACCAAUAAGUAUCGCUUAAAUCGUCACAAAAAAAUGAUGCACACAGAAGAAAAUCAACAAGAACAGGUAUGUCCUUACUGUUCAAAGGUAUCACCUAACUUGAAUGCCCAUAAACAUCAUGUCAAAUACACACAUACGUUGGAACGCAAACAUGCGUGUCAUAUGUGCGAUAAGAAAUUCCGGAGACCUUUGGAGUUGAAAGAACACUUAAGCACGCAUACCGGUGAGCCUUUAUACACUUGCCCUCAUUGCCCUCGCACAUUUAUAUCCAGUGCAAAUAUGCAUAAACAUCGAAAGCUGACACAUCGGAAAGAAUGGGAAGAGGGUAGAAUGAAGAAGGAAGCUAAAGCAUUAGCAGGCAAAAAGUUUCUAAAAUCUGUGGCCGCACCACAAAGUGAAACUUCCUACACCGAUAAUUCAAUAAUGGCGCCUGUAAGUGAAGCGGUAGCAAAUUUAACAGUGUUAAACUUUUAAAAAUAAAACUAACA